GUUUGGAAAUGGAAACCUCCCGGCAUCCGUAGCCGCAUCCCAGAUUCAGCGCUGCUGUCAUAACAAGAGAAAGAGGAUAAUAAGUUAUCGAAGCCGGCCUGAAGAAUAAUCCUCUAAAUCGACUUCAAGCCGACAAGCUUUUAUUUCAAAAUGUCAGACAAAACUGAGCUAAAAGCAGAGUUAGAGAGAAAGAAACAGCGCCUGGCACAGAUCAGAGAAGAGAAGAAGAGGAAAGAGGAUGAACGGAAAAAGAAAGAGCUGGAUGGACAGAAGGAUGGAGCAUCGCCUCCUCAGGAUGACACUGAUCUGGAGAGGAAGAGGAGAGAGGCGGAGGCUCUUCUGCAGAGCAUGGGCAUUGUGGAUCCCUCUAUGGUGCAACCUCUGCGCGAGAUAACAGAGGACACGUGUCUGUUUCACUAUUUAGUCCCCCCUCCCAUGUCUCCCUCUACCAAAUCAGUGGGCACCCCCAGCGAAACGGGCAGCCAAGACUCUGGAGAUGGCGGCACAGGUCCGAGGACUCUUCAUUGGGAUUCUGACCCUUCUACUCUGCUGCUACAUUCAGACUCUCAGCUCGGACGUGGCCUGCUAAAGCUGGGCAUGUCAAAGGUCACCCAGGUGGACUUCCCUCCCAAAGAGAUGGUGUCGUACUCUAAAGAGACCCAGACCCCAACACAGACGCAGCACAAAGAGGCUGAGGAGGAAGAGGAAGAUCUGGCUGUGACACAGCCUGUUCUCGAGCCUCAAGAUGAGAAAGACUCUCAGAACGAGGAGAACGACGCACCCCCCCACGAGCUGACGGAUGAGGAGAAACAGCAGGUUCUUCACUCCGAUGAGUUCAUGAACUUCUUCGAUCACAGCUCUCGUAUUGUGGAGCGCGCUCUUUCUGAGCACGUGGACAUCUUUUUUGAUUACAGCGGUCGAGACCUUCAGGAUAAAGAUGGGGAGUCACAGGCAGGGUCCAAACUCUCCCUGAACAGACAGUUCGCGGACGAACGCUGGUCUAAACACAGAGUCAUCACAUGCCUCGACUGGUCACCACAGUAUCCGGAGCUGCUAUUGGCAUCGUACAGCAGUAAUGAGGAGGCUCCUCACGAGCCCGACGGCGUGGCUCUCGUAUGGAACAUGAAAUAUAAAAAAAACACACCAGAAUAUGUCUUCCACUGUCAGUCUGCAGUGAUGUCAGCGGCGUUUGCACAGUUCCAUCCCAAUCUGGUGGUGGGAGGAACAUACUCGGGCCAGAUCGUCCUGUGGGACAACCGCAGUAACAAACGCACCCCCGUGCAGAGGACCCCACUGUCAGCCUCCGCUCACACACAUCCAGUGUAUUGUGUGAAUGUGGUGGGCACUCAGAACGCUCACAAUCUCAUCAGCAUCUCCACUGACGGGAAGAUGUGCUCGUGGAGCCUAGACAUGCUGUCCACACCACAGGACUGUCUGGAGCUUGUCUUUAAACAGUCCAAAUCGGUGGCGGUGACCUCCAUGUCGUUUCCUCUGGGCGACGUCAAUAACUUUGUAGUGGGGAGUGAAGACGGCUCAGUUUAUACAGCCUGUAGACACGGCAGUAAAGCAGGCAUCAGUGAAAUCUUUGAAGGUCAUCAUGGACCAAUCACUGGAGUCGACUGUCACACUGCAGCAGGACCGGUCGAUUUUUCUCACCUGUUUGUGACUUCGUCCUUUGACUGGACCGUCAAACUCUGGAGUACCAAGAACAAUAAGCCUUUGUACUCGUUCGAGGAUAAUUCGGACUAUGUCUAUGAUGUCAUGUGGUCACCCACACACCCGGCUCUGUUCGCUUGUGUUGACGGAGUGGGACACCUGGACCUGUGGAACCUCAACAAUGAAACCGAGGUUCCCACCGCAAGCGUGACAGUUGAGGGAAACCCUGCUCUGAACCGCGUGCGCUGGACUCACUCGGGCCGAGAGGUGGCUGUCGGGGAUUCAGAUGGACAGGUGCACGUUUACGAUGUUGGAGAGCAAAUUUCAGUGCCACGUCAGGACGAGUGGACUCGGUUUGUGCGCACGCUUACUGAAAUAAACGAGAAUCGAGAGGAUGUGGAGGAGCUGGCGGCUCAACGACUGGCGGCAUGAUCGCCAUAGCAACCCUUGCCGACCAAUGAAGUUUCCUCUGCAGUUUGCAUAUCUUCACCCUUUCUGAAGUUAUCUAGUGUCAAUGGUUGACAAUAUAGAACUUUCUACAAUUUUUUUCUAUUUAAUGCUAAAACACUUUAUACGAGAAAGCAAAACUUGGUUUUACUGUUGCCAAUUACAACAUAUUUAAAGCCCUAGAUUAUAAUAUUGGGAGAGAUUUAUCUAUUUACAGAAUUAGUAUCAUAGCUGUUCACCAGGACUAACUCAUAUAUAUGCAAAACAUUACAAUUUGUCUUUUUAACACUAACAUAAUUUAACACCGACUAUACAGUUACUGGAAAAUGUUUUUAGUGGAAUAUUUUAACUGAUAAAAUAAUGUAAUUUUUUUAA